AUGGCUGGUUUGGCACGCUUUUGCGCAUUGUGGAUUAUACUUUUGGUAUUGCCUGGAUUUAUUAGAGCGGACGAUAUUGCCAGUGCGAAAAAUUAUUUGAAAAAAUACGGAUAUAUAGAUAUCGCGUCAAGUCGCAGCGCCAAUCAAGUGACCUUUGAUUCGGCAGUAAAACGAUUCCAGGAUUUUGCUGGACUACCGGCUACAGGUAUACUGGAUGCAAAUACUUUAGCCAAAAUGGCCCAACCACGAUGUGGCGUAAAAGAUGUAGUGCCAACCCCUCGUGUUCUCCUUCGUCGCUUUCGUCGGCAGUUACCUGGCCUGGAUUUUGGAAAAUGGGAGAACAAUCACCUGACAUACCGUGUCAUUCAUCAUCCGACUAGCAUGACGAAAGACUUAACUGAUAAGGAGAUCCAGCGGGCAUUUCGCAUGUGGACGGAUGUGGCCAACUUGACAAUCACCCAAGUGGAUGAGCGUACCUUAAACGCCGACAUGGACGUUAUGUUUGUACAGGGCGAUCACGGUGACCAUGAGCCGUUCGACGGGCCACGCGGAAUGUUGGGUCACGCAUUUUUUCCUCCUUUUGGAGGAAAUACCCACUUUGACGACGCCGAAGACUGGACUUCCAACCGUACGGAUGGAGUCAACCUGUUUCAAGUGGCCACACAUGAAUUCGGCCACGCCUUGGGCCUUGGCCAUUCGAAAAAUCAGCAAGCUUUAAUGGCACCCUUUUAUCAACCCUUUUCAGACAGUUUUUCCCUGCAAAACGAAGACGUUUUGCAAAUUCGGCGCUUAUACGGAGAGCGCACGCUGGCCGCCGAUGACGUCCUCCCGGAAAAUUAUAAAGGGCCUAUGUUGAGUUCACCUUUGGCCACGACAGCGCCACCGGAAGUUGUUGGCACUUUUCCCAAACCAACCGAACAACCCCAAACUACCGUCACCGAAACCACUACCAACGGUACCAGCGUGAAGCCGCAAACGCGGUGGUUUUUUGAAGGUAGUCCGACGGUCCCGUACUACCCAGGGGGCGGUACUUACGGAUACAGCAGCUAUACAUACCCCGCGACUUACGACUACGGAUAUUACUCGCAUCCGCCCAAUUACUAUCCAUACGCACCGGAUUAUGGCUACAACUAUCCCGGGUAUCCGUCGUAUUAUACUUAUCCUCCCGCACAGGUGCCGCUAUAUCCAGUUUACCCCUCCUACCAGACGACCACAUCAGCUCCGGACACGACCAAAAGUCCCGUGAUAAUUUAUCUAUCGCCAUCGCCAUCUCCGGUGUAUCCACCUUAUGUUAUCUUAUCGCCAUCCCCCGCUCCGGCGCCGGCACCAACCCCAGCACCGACACCGGCACCGACUACCCCGCCUCCAACUACCACGACGACGACCACCACUACCACCCGGCCGCCAACGACGGCGCCGGCACCGCCAGCAACUUUCAUCUAUUUCCCCGGCUCCGGUUACGGGAAUUUCGGGCAAUAUGUAGCCGGUUAUCCGGUGGCGGGUGGUUACGGUGGGAUUAACGUUGUGGCAGGCGUCCCGAACGGCGUGACAAGCGGCACAACGGUGGUGACCGGUGUCCCCGUAGGCGCGACCACCGUGGUGCAAGGUGUCCCAGCGGGCGCGGUUAUCCAGGGUACACCCACCGGUGUUAUCCAAGCCACGCCGGGAGCGACAAUUAUACAAGGCACACCCAGCGGAAUUGUCCAGGCGACACCGGCGGGCACCAUCAUCCAGGGCACGCCUAGCGGUAACGUUCAAGUGACGCCAGGGGGGACGAUCGUGCAAGGCACACCGCUCGCACAGACGACAGCCGGGCAGCUGAUCCAGGGUCUGCCGUCCAUCCCGGUGUUCCGGGGGCCGGGAUCCACUGUGCCGAUGUCCAUGCAGAUAACGAUCCCGCCCAAGAGCAUUGGUAUCGAGGAUCCCAACGGUGUCAUGGGCAGGCAGACGGAUAUGAGCAGUUUACCGGCGUCCGCAUCGGAAGAUGCUGCCCAUGUGAAAUUCGAUGACGAUGACAGUCAGAAUCACUUGACCGAAGAUCCGUCGGCCGACAGUGAAGUCAACACACGUGCUGAUUUAUGCGGUAUUGAUACACCCGAUGCCGUCGUGGCGGUUGGGCAUGGCAAUACUCUUAUUUUCAAAGGUCCAUUUUAUUGGGUGAUGGACAAGACGUGGAUGCCCGGUCCCCAACGUCCAGUGAGAGAACUAUCUCCAUCGCUGGACCACGUCGACGCGGCAUACUACAAACCCAACCCGGAACAGACAAGCUACAUGCUACUUUUUUCCGGUACAUCGUAUUACAAAUUCGAAGUGAAGGGUAACGAGUUGCAUCCAGUGCCGGGCUAUCCCAAGCUGAUUUCCCAAGGUUUUCCCGGCAUGCCGGAUUUGCCGAUUGACGAAGUCAUUAAAAGAGGCGCUCAACUGUGGUUUUUCCGCAAUCAGGAGGUGACCAUCUAUAGUCCAGAGAAGUUUCCGCCCAUCGAUCCCGCAACCGGUUUUCUGAAGAUCAGCGAUCUGGAUGGUUUCCCCGAGCGGGUGACAGCGUCCGUCGUUGAUGAAGAUGAGCAGCGGGGAUCGUUUGUGUUUCACAAUCGCGCGGCCUACAGAUUGUCCAGAACAGACAGUAAUGUUAAAUUACGCGCAAGCGCAAGGCGGUUCCCAAGAACGGUGAAAGAGUGGCUAAAGUGUGCGCAUUUUAAGCGCUGGCGUUUUUAGCUACAAAAACUUAGCUGUUUUUCUAUAUACAAGGUAUAUCUUUGUAGAUUAAUUCAGCAACAUUUUGUAAUAUCUCUAUUACUUAAUAAACUUUGCGAUGGUAUAAU